GAACACAAAUUUUUUUCUACAAAUUGAAAUAAUAAUGUUUAGCAAUAGCUUAACAGACUAUGAAUUCACAAAAGCAUUUAAGCAUGGCAAAUUCUGUUCGGUUUACAAAGCAAAUUGUACUGUCAACAAUCGUGUGUUAGUUGUUAAAAAAUAUUCAUUGGAAGUGGACGAUGAUGCCGAACUAAAGCGACUUUUCGCCGAGAUUCAAUGUUGUCGACAAUUCAAUCAUCCCAAUAUCAAUAAGAUUUUAAAUAGUUUUAUUGUGGAUAGCGAUGUCUAUGUGCUGCACCCGUAUAUGUGCUUUGGCACAUGUGAACUUCUGCUUAAAACGACGUUCUGCAACGGCUUUCCAGAGACAUUGAUAGCAUUGAUAUUCAAGGAUGUCCUCGCCGCCCUUUUGUAUAUACACUCGAAUGACUUUGUUCACGGGUCUGUGAGGGCUCUGCACAUCUUAUUGGACGGAAAUAAGGCAGUAUUAUCUAAUUUUCACGAGAGUCGCAGUUUUAUAAAGCAUGGCAAAAAGAAACCCGUCUUGCAUGGCAUAUCGCACGAGAAGCAUCUGAAUUGGGCUGCUCCGGAAGUUUUGGAUCAAAAUAUUCAUGGAUAUACGGAGAAAUCAGAUAUCUAUUCCGUGGGCAUAACGGCAUGUGAGCUGGCUAACGGUAUCCAACCCUAUUUCGAGACACAACCCACGCUAAUGUACACAGAGAAAAUACGUGGAAAUGUGCCGUCCUUAUUAGAUAGAUCGACGUAUACUAUGCUCCUGGACGACCAGGGCAAAAUUCCAUUUGAGAAUGCGACGACGCGCCGAACCUAUGAUAUCUACAGCCAACGUGUGCUUUCCGACGAUUUCCAUCAGUUUGUGGAGAUUUGUCUGAAUCGCAAUGCCGAGAAUCGCUGGAGCGCCAAGAAGCUGAUGACUCACGCGUUCUUCAAGCAAUGCAGACACGCCUCCAUCACGGAUUACAUUAAGAAAUGUCGAUCCGAACUGGAUACCAAUUCCAUAAUGGAUGAUGAUGAUGCUGUCGGCAUAAUCGCAUCACUCGAUGAUCAUGCGCAGGAAUGCCGAGAGGAUAUAGAAUGGAGUUUUUAAUGAAUGAACUAUAUAAGAUCUAAAUAAGAUAAAUAAAAAAAUGUUUUAGA